AUGAGUGUGCGGCGGGACAAUAGGAGCGGUGCGGCGCCCCCCGGCGGCCUGCACGCCAAGCUCAACCACGACCGCCACAACCAGGAGCUGCUCAAACAACGCCUGGCCACCCACGCCACCCACGCCUCCAGGAAGCCACCCGCCCACGCCACGCCGGUUAAGAGCGCGCCCAUUGAAGGCGUAGCCAGCCCUGGAGGUCGGGCGGGCCCUCGUGGUGGCGGCAAGGGGCGGGUGGACGCCAACCCAAAGUCCUUCCUGCGUCCCACCUCCAGCUCGGCGAUGAAGGCAGCGAGCGGCGCCGCCCACGCCGCCUCCGCCCCACGCCGCCUCGACUCCAACAGGCGGCCCCACCCACAAGCCACCCGCAAGGCGGUGGUGGGCGACGCCCACGCCCGGCGGGCCCAUGCACGCGCCAAGCAUGGCGACAAAGAGGAGGACUGCGGCGAGGCCAAGCAGCGCCAGGACAGCCUACCAGAGACACCCGACAAAGACCAGAGGGAUUCUCCGCCGCCCGCGCCUACUCCUACGUCACGCCUCUUAGCCACCCAGCCACACCCCUCCUCCUCCUCCUCCUCCUCCCCGCAGCCACUCCCCACAUCCACCGCUGUUCAGACCGGCCCCUCGCCCGACUCGCAGCCUGGCCAGGCCCCGCCCACGCCCACGCAUGGACCGGAGACCCGCCAGGAGGCUAAAGCCCAGCCGCCGCCCCAGACGUGUGCACGGACCGUGGGGCUACAGCCUGCGCCCGCGCCCAGCAGGGAAGCCGUGCUGAGGGGCGUGCGGGCGCGGGUGGGUGAGGCGCCGCGGGGCGGGGGCGUGGACGCCGACAAGGACGUGUGUGAGGCGGCUGUGGAGGAGGAGGAGGAGUUUUACCGCGUGCGGGUGCGGACCAGACUGGUGAGCUACGACAACAGCACGCUGGUCAUCAGGAACACCUCCAGGGGGGACGCCGCCCCCCACCACUCCGACCCCGAACCAGAACCGCCCAUACCACACCCGGACCCGUCUCCAAGCACUGACCCCCAACAACAGCCACAGGCACAGCCCGCACCGACUCUACCUGAGGCCCACGAAGACCACCACCCCCCAGCUGAUCCACACCCCCAGGCCCACCCAGACUCGACCUCCCUACCCCAGGCCUCCCGCGCCCACCACACGCCACCCACGCCUUCAGUGCCCCAGCCAGCCAUGGUGGCCGCCCCGCCUGAUGUUGUCAGCGCCUCGCCCGUUCAUGCGCGGGCCACCUCCGCCCAGCUGCACGCCCACGCGGGCGCUGUAGCGGGGGCCAUGGCGGGGGCCGGGGCGGGCGUGAAGCGGCGCCUCACCCUGCUGGUGAAUCGCGGGCGUAACUUCCUGGCGGAGGUGUACAGCGCCACGCAGAGCCGCCUCGACCAAUACAGGGGGGAGGGGUCGCCGCGCCCCGGACCCCCGCGCUACCCACCCGACAUACCUUCCCCUCUGGAGGUGGAGGUGAACCCCAUGUGGCUGCUGCAGCACGCCCCCCAGGCACACUGGCUGCCCACCUAUGGGGCAGAGGGCACUUGCAUCCCUGCUUUGCCUCUCCACACCCCCGAGGGGGAGGCCGGCGGGGCAGGGGCGUUGCUGGUGGAGACGCCCGUGAGUGACGAAGCCCAGGAAGAGGCGGGCGCGGGCGUGCAGGUGGUGGUGGACGAGGAGUGGAUCAAGAAGAACAUCCUGUGCACGUGCAAGUGUCGAUCUGUGCCUGCCACGCGGCGCGGCACGGACCACCAGCUGGUGGAGGAGGCGGAGCAGCAGCAGGAGGAGGAGAAAUCCGAGGAGCAGAAUGUUGAGACGGAAGAACAUGGCAGACAUGAUGACAGUGAACAGCCACAAACACACCCUGAAAAACACCAUGACGACCACCACCAGCAGCGCCAGGACCACCAGGAGCAGCAGCAGGAGGAGGAGGAAACAAGAGAAGGAAAAGAGGUAGAGGAGGAGGAGGAGCUGUGCUACUGUUCAUGCCACGAGGGUACAGAGGGGGCGCCGCUCCCUCACCUACCCUCAGAGAUACAGGAGCUGCUGGAUGCUGAUCACGCCAGGAUGUGGUGGACUAUUACGGGGAACUUUGGUAAUAUUCUUCCUAUUGACUGGAGCAAGACCUACACUCGGCAGCAGUACCUCCCUGUCCUCAACCUCAACGAAAUGAAGGAGGGAGGCGGCGGGGGGGCGGAGGAGGGCGAGGGAGGGACGGAGAGGAGCGCUGGAGACGUCGGGGCUGGGGAGGAGGAGGAGGAGGAAGUGGCGCAGGACCUGGAUCUCCACCACCUGAUCCUCAACGGGCUAACUGCGGAGCCCGUGAAGAGUGCGGAGGAGGUCAUACAGGAAAUUGAUGACAUAAUGCAGGAGGGCAGCAGCUCAGAGGACGAGUGUGUGGAGAGCUCAUCGUCUGGGGAGAACAUGCAGGACCUCCCCACCCGCCCCUGUCCUCCCCACCUCUACCAUGACAAAUUGAAGAGCAUGAGUGUGCCGGAGCUGAACGAGGCCCUGAUGGAGCUGGAGCUGGUCAUUCGGCAGUACUCCGAGACACUCAUCACACAGCUGGCCCUUAGAGACGAGCUGGAGUACGAGAAGGAACUCAAAAACUCCUUUAUCUCUCUCCUUCUUCAGGUCCAGAACAAGAGAAGAAACUUUAACGUGGAGAAGAAGAAACAGAAGAAGGUCGGACCGAAUGGCACUGAUCCAAAGUAUUUAACAACAGUGAUCCCUUACGAUGUCGGACACGGACCUCCACACAACCCCACGCUGCAGAUCCUCAUCAAAAUCCUGACGGCGAUCAACGAGGACAGCCCGACGGUGCCCACGCUGCUGACGGACUACAUCCUCAAAGUGUUGUGUCCGUCAUGAGUGAGUGCUGGUCCCGGCCUGCCAGCGCUCCCCACCCCCCGGAGCCGCACCCCCUGCACCCUCUCCCCCCAAACACAGGAGUCCUGCCCGGCCUGAGUCAUGAGUCAGCUGCACCCAGCGUGUGGUGGCGGCGGUGACGCCUGCCGCUGCCGCCGCCGCCUCCACACACCCGGCCUCCCAGCACCAUUGGAUGAUUGGAGCAACACAGUUGUCACAAAGGUUUCACUAUGAAUUACUGAACAGCUAGUCAUGUGUGCCAAUGGCAUGUCUUAAGACAGUAAGAAGUAAUGAGCAGAGUGUAGCAGCUAGGGAAUGCACUGGAGCAACACAGGGACAGUUUGUAAGGAAGAAUGACUCACUAGUCAGAGCUCAAAGCGGUGUACUGGCAGGAUCUGUGUAUAAUGAAGCAACACUAACCCUCACCCUCCUCAUCCUCCUCCUCACCCUCACCCUCACCCUGUCCUCCUUAUGACAGUUUUUUAAGUGUUUUUGGUGAAAUAGAUCACAAGCCACUUGCCGUUCUGCUGCAGGCCACAUCAUAUGCAUUAUUGCUGGGAUCUGUGACGUUAAUCGUAGUCUUUAAACGACAAGUAGCACCUCAAGCAGCUUUGUAUCAGAAUACCAAAGAGUCUCCUCACCUUGCCACCCUCCCGUCCGGCCGGCCACGCUGGGGCGGCGGCGGCGGCGGCAGCUGUGCAGGAUGUAACCAAGCAGCAGCAGUGUGUAGGAGUCUUUGCAACUUAAUAAUUCUCUGUCUGUCACAAAUUACCCUCCAGACUUAACCUGUGUAUAUUAUCAUGAAGGAAGAUUAUCUCUACGCCAAGCUUUGAGUGCAGACGACUUGCCAAUGGUUGUAUCUUGCUAAUUCUUAAAGCCCAAGUGCAAUUGCCGUACUUUGUGCGUGUGUGUGUGUGCGCGCGUGUGUGUGUGCGUGCAUGUGUGAGUGUGAGGCAGUGCAAGCAUGUGGCUUUACCUUUUGCAUGAGUAAGAUAAUGAAUAGAUGGACAAUUUUGCUGCCAUUACCCACGAGCUUUGGUGUUUUGCCAACCUUGUUGGUGUUGUCAUUGUUUCCGCAGCUCAGUGGCCACCUCGCCUGGCCUGAUGGCUGCCGGGUGGGGAGCUGUGAGCCGCGGGAUUAAUCUUUGACGUCUCCCUUCAUAACAACUAUUGAUGAAAUGAACACACAAAACACAACUUGAAAAAUUAAGAAAUCAAUGAUGAAACAAAAAAAAAAAUAAUAAUAAUAAUAAUAAUAAUAAAUAAGAAAAUAAUAAAUAAACAAAUAAAUAAAAAUCAACAUUAAUAUUGAAAAGAAAACCAAUAAACUUCCAGAGUGAAUAAUGAAUGACAGAAAUGUAAUAAAAUAAUAAAAUGAAACAUGUAACUUCUAAAUCAUUAGAAACUUCAACCACAUAAAAGGGAAUCCAAACUAGCCUUGCAUCACAGUGCUAACUACACUCCCCCCUCCCCCAUCUCACCCAAAGAUCACACACACAUCUCAUGAUAAAACUUUCACCUGCCCCACAAUGCACCAUUUGCCUGACCCACACAAGGAAGGCAAAACAUCAGGAAGCUUAAGUGUGAUGGCAGAUUAUCACCAUGUUAUUUUUCUCCUCCUCUCUACAGGGAAUGGCAGUCAUGGGGAGCAGUCAAGUAACACACACACACACACACACACACACACACACACACACACACACACACACACACACACACACACACACACACACACACUUCCUGUUUAGCAUUUUUUGACAAUAUUGAGUUCUUUGGUUAGCUGAGACAAUGAACUGUUAAGAUUUGCAAUUUGAGAUGAGAUGGUUUAUGAUUGAAAGAAAAACAUGAGUGGACCUUUUGAUGUGUUUCUGUCAGUCUUACGUCCUUGAAUCGUCAGAGAAAACCUUAGGAAAAUUAUUAAUGAGAUCUAUUAUUAGUUGAAAAAAAAAAGUCAAGAUUUUUAUGCCAGUAGAUGAAAUGGUUUAUAAUUGAAAGAAAAACAUGAAUGGACAUUUUGAAGUGCUUUUCCUCAGUCUUACAUCCUCAAAUCUCCCAAGAAAACCUGAGGAAAUUUAGUGAUGCGAUUUACUUGAUGAUUGGCAGAUGAGAGGACUUAAGAUUGAGGGAAAACAAGGGUGGAAAUUCAGUGUUUUCUAUCAAUCUUGGGCCCUGGAUUGGCAGAGAGAGAGAAUCAAGGUUUACUCUAACCAAAGAACUUACAAUUGAAGGAAAAAAAAGGAGUGUGAGUUUUUUAAUGUUUGUCCCUCAGUGUCAUGUUGGUUGAAAAUCUGUUAGUUAUUAAGACUUAGUAGAUUGUGACUAAAAGAAAAUAGGAAAAUAAGAAAAGGGGUUUUUAAAGUGUUUUCCUGUAUUAAGGUCAUACCAGUUAUUUGUUUACUUGUUUAGUAUACUUUGAGCAGAUCAAGAACAUUUGGUUAUUGAGAUUUAGCAGAUUUUGACUCAAAGAAAACAGAAAUGGGUGUUUUUUUAAGUGUUUUCAUAUAUAAAGGUCAUCAUAUCAACAAUCUACUUAUUUGUUUAGUAUACUGUUAUCUUAGUUGAUUGUGACUGAAAGAAAAGAGAAAUUGGUGUUUUUUUUAAGCGUUUUCAUAUAUUAAGAUCAUAUCAAUUAUAUACUUAUUUGUUUAGUAUACUCUCAGCAGAUCAAGAACAUUCAGUUAUCAAGAUUUAGUACAUUGAUUGAAAGAUAAUUGGAAUGUGUGUUUUUUUUAAGUGUUUUGCUAUAUUAACAAUCCCCAUAUCCACUAUCUACUUAUUGUUUAGUGUACUGUCAGCAGAGCAAGGAUGUUAAACUGAGAAAAAACUAUGAAGUGUUUCUCUCAGUCUUGUAUCAGCUGGGCAUCUACUUAUUGUGAGGUCGGCGGGCUUCACUGAGGGAAAGCAUUGGAGGAAGUGAGUGUGUGAAUGUGAUACUUGUCUUGUCCCCGCGGCCGCACCAUCAAUUGAAAAGGCCGAGAAGUUUACAUUCAGAGCGCAUCUUGUAGUGUUCGUUCGUUCGUCCGUAGCGUCGAUUUACUUUGUAGGUGGCGACAUAUCUAUCUACCACACCUCACCAGCAUCACUUACCAUGUCCAGCAGCAGCAGCAGCAUCGUCUUCUCCCGUACUGCGGAAACUGACCAGGAAUCCCCACAGCCGGUAACACGAGUCUCAGUCACGUCAACAAGGAAAAAAGGAAACAAUAAAAAGUGCCAGCCAUAA